AUGAAGCAGGCUCUUGGCGGUCGGAAAGUAAAAGGAACAGCUAAGAAGCGUGUGACUCUAAACUUGCCUGGAACCCGUUCCGAAGCACUGGCGCCCGUGCCUCCCUCGGAGAUCCGGGAUGGCGGCAGUCGAGCCAAGGGCUUCCCUGCAAGAAGAGCGCAAACGAACAGUAGAAGACGUGUGCCGUCGCGGCUUGGGCCGGCGGAUUCAACUGUUUCCGUGGCGCACGGGAAGUGUCGUGGGACACCACCGAUGGAGGGCUCCGUGUAUGGAACGCCACCAAGGGAUGGUAUUUCUAUGUUAGGCGUGUCCUUUUUUUGUAGCUUAUUUGCUGCUAGCAUGCGACGCACAAUUGUCCGAUACCGCCAGCGGGUGGUGUGGGAAAUGGUGAAGAAACCACAAGCGGCUUUUUUGAUACAAACCGCAUGGCGCAAACACCAGCAACAUCGUCGGAUGCAGCUUGAGGUUUUAUCAAGAGUGCUUGUCCCCUUUCUGUAUCGGAAACUGAGACGUAUUCGCGCGGCGAAGGAAAGAUCCGCUUUUUUGCUUCAACGCGUUUUUAGAUCACAAAAAGAGCGACAUUUUAUGCAUUGGUUGUACCAACAAAUGAAGCGUGGUCGAGCUCUUGCUUUGGUGCGUCGGUGCUUAAAGCGGUACGUGGCAAGACGGUAUGUGGCUUUUCUGGCACUGCAGCGCGAUGAGCGGGUGGUGUGUGAGGAGCGCUGUGUCAUUGCUUCAAUCCGCAUCAUCCGUGAAGAACGCGAGGAACUACUUUGGAUUUUUCAGUUUAUGAAAACAACUUCAACGAUUUUUACACCAUUGGCGGUAACGGACGUAUGCGGACGGGAAGAGGGCCACAAUACUGCAUUCUGUACCCUUCCCCCGCUUUUGAGGAAAGCGCCUGAGGCCCAUUCAGCUCGCUCCUCACCUUUCCCGGAGUCGUCAUUUGGGCAAGGGGCCCUGCUGGAAGCAAAGCCGUUAGGUACAACUCGUGUAGGUGCCGAAGGUGAGUUCUGCAGCCCUAAACGACAAAACAGCAGUAGCGAAAUACCCUCGGUGGGUAAAGGUGAUACACUUUCAUGGACCUCCUUGUUGCACAAUGAAGAGGGCGCGCGUCAGCUGGUGCGGGAACUCUUUGCCCUCAAGGCGCCGCAGUACCCUCUUUCGCGAACGGGGCUGCGGCGGGGGCUCUCCAGUGGGCGUCGUGAGAAGGUGGUUGCGGAUUCCGUCACUUCUCAGGAUAGUCACACCUCGAGGAACGAAGUACAUUGCUCGUGGUGGUUGAGUGGGUUGGCCCGAGGAAGAGGGACCUCUGCAGAAGGAACAAGGCAUGUGGGUCUCGACCAGGAGUCUUCCCAAGCAAAACUGCCGAUAGAUGACUCAGCGACCUCGGUAAAUCAACUGAUGAACGCUUUUAUUGAGCUUCUCGUAUGCACAGAGUCCACAGAGCGCAAGGCACUGGAGAUGGAUCUUCAGAGCCGCCACACGGAUAUUAUGAAAAAGAUGGGUCAUUUUGUCACUACCAUGCAAGCCUCCAUUGUCGCCCCGCCGCUCUACCAUUCGCUCCUUUCCACGCUGGGGGAGCCGUGGGUGGUGCGUCGGGCAGAGCUGCUUUUUCGUGAAGAAUAUGAGGCACGAUUGAAAAUUGUGGAAGAGUACAACGUGACACCGCUCCGAUUUUUAAACCGUCCGCUUCUUAACCCGGCGGCAGAGGAGAGGCGGCAGCGGUUGCAGGAGCGUCUGCGGACAAUAAAAAGGAGAGAAAGAGGAAGGAGAGAAAACGUUGCUGCGGCAUCUCCAUUGCCACUUGCUACCAUCGUUGCGAGCACGUCGGGGAUGGAUGAGAAACAGACCACCACGCGUUGUUUUACGGAUAUUUCCGUCCCUGCCACGUGCGUGAGCCGAGAUGUCACUGCCGAAGCAUCGACGUUGAAACUUGUAUUUCCGACUACGCAAUUUGGGCUUCCACAACCACCACCGCCGUCGUCCCCGCCUCAGAAGGCGUACGACAACGCCAGAGUGUCCAGCACUCCCUUGCCAACUGUUGACGCAAGUUCUGGGCGACGAAUACACAGACACGGCAGCUUACUCCUCACCGUGGGAAGCCCUGCGUUUUUACAUGCCGCGCCGACAGAGUCGGUGCCAAUCACUAGCCGCGCCAAUAUUGGGACGGCGCAACAUGAUGCUUUUGCGAUUGGCAGAGGUGGUGCGCUUCAAGAAACUUCAUUAGUGCGUGCAUCACCCACUCCUCUCGACACUCUCACGUGCCCUACGCUUCUGCUUCCUCCCAUAGUUGGUUGCCAACACAAGAAUAAUACAGUCACUGAAAUUGAAAACGGUAUUAGUAUGACAGAACUUCAGUCGUGCCAUCCAAGUCAAUGCCUGCAUUUGGCCAUCCCCCCAUUAGACACCGAAAGCCUGGGGAGUGCGUUGCUAAAGAAGGCCGCGCCUACUGCUCCAGAUAUCUCCAGUGGUGGCGUAGAUACCACAACAAUGCAAAAGAGCUGGGAACUUGGGAUGCACGCCAGCGGCUGUGGGACACCACGCAGGGCACCCAUUCCACUCCUACUCUCUUCCACAAGGUCACAGCGCGACUACAUGUUUGAACUCCCACGCCACUCCUUUCUUCUUGAGAAGGAUUUCGUUACGGGCAAGGAAGGUGGCGCUGAUUACGUGCGAAGAAGCCGUUUGUGCUCGUCUCCAGCUCAUCCCACCACAGGGCUUGCGGGCGUUAACGGGUCUCCAAGGCCCGUGCAGUUAAGCUCGUGGAUGGGACACUUUUUUGAUUUUAAGUUGCAGACCGGUCAUAGCCCAAACGCAAGGAGGCUGCGAAAGCAGUUGUCUGAAACAUCCAACCUGAGUGUUGCCAGUUAG